CCGUGUCUCUACAAGUUUGUUGUCAGGAUAAGAAAUCAGGAACCGGACAAGCAUUCCACCAAUAUGAACAGAUUAACAUUUUUUAUUUUAUUCUGUGGAUUUGUAUCAAUUUGUGAAGGACAAGGGCCAACACGCACUAAGCAAUUCCAAGCAAACACAGCCGCCGACAUCGUAUGUGAUACUAGGAAUAUCGGCGAUACAGUCACGUGGUAUAAGAAUAAUGAUGUUAUUACCGAAGCUACCUUUCCUAAUUUGAUUUUAUACGAAAACAUUCUCGGAUUUCCCAGUAUCUCUGAAUCUGAUAGUGGAACUUAUACAUGUGUAAUUAAUGGGGAACUCUCGACUGCUCAAAACACAAUUGUUGAAGUUCUUCCGUCCAAUGGUCAAUCGUCUUUUGAUCUCAGUCCAGGAGUAUUUGAUAACAUGGCCAAUGACCCGACACUACUUUUGGAACCAAAUCCACGUGCAGGUUUGUUACCACCAUCAAAACCAUCAAAACGGAAGAAGGCCCUUCUCCCCUCUAUGGAGCCCGUACAACGAGAACCAACUAAUAUUCAGGUUGAUGUACCUAUGGAGCCUCCUAUCCAAAAUCCUGACAUACCGUUUCCCGAUACAACGAUUGGGCCCUUAGACCAACCGAUGGGACCAACGGACCCACCCAUGAUAAACCAACCUAUGGGACCACCAGAAACACCCAUGAUAGACCAGUCUAUGGGACUAACAGACCAACAAACGGGACGAGUAGACCGAAUGGGACCACCAGACCAACAAAUGGGACCAGUGGAUCCUCCCCCUCCACCAACUACACUUCCCCCAGAAGUGCCUAGGGGAAAUUCCCAGUUUUCACUUACAGGCUCAGAAGUUGUUAAAGAAUGGCUCCCUUCUAACUUUCAAGAAAAUAUCCCAGGUUUAGAUGCAAUGAUGCCCUCUGAUCCCGCAAUACCACCUAAGUCUGUGAACCAAAUUUUUAACCGUAACUUGGGGUCUGUCCAACUUCCGAAUUCUGGCGGAAGAAGAAUACCAAAUGCACGACGCAACAAUGAACGACCUAUAGUCGAUUCACAAUUUCCAGUUCAAGAUAUUGCAAAUGUAGUUCCAGUGCAAGAUGCCAUGGGGAUGGGCGAAAUGCCAGUCACAGAUACAACAGGCAUGGACCAGAUGGCUAAUGCCGUUGAAUUGGGCAAUAAUUUUGGCAAUUUCCCGGAGUUUGGAAAUGCCAUCGACAUGGCAUCACCCGCGGAAAGGGGAACCAAAAUCCUUGAUAUUGCUUCAGGCAUAGUUCCCCUGGAGCCUAAUGCAAUUCCAGGCAGCCAGAGAAAUGAACAAGAAUAUACUGUUUUCCAUGAAAUGAAAUGCCGCCUCAGAGCUCAUUUUACACCUGCUGGAAUAGACCAGACAAGAUACGAAGAGUAUCUUAAUGGAGAUUGGAAAAUUAGGUAUUGUGCUCCGGGUUCUGGUUACAACGUAACGACAUGUGGCUGCAACAAUAUACUAACAGGUCGCUAUCCUUUGACCAGACCCAUGAGCGAAUGCAGACCGGAAAUAGCUCUUAUUUUCCGAGGAAAUCAGAUAAUUAAUACAGCCGGAAGUAAUGAUUCUGUAGACGCUACUGGUGUUGACAUACGUGACAGGAGCGCAUACUUCGACGGAAGCAAUCGUUUGUAUUUUUGGAAAUACCAGUAUUAUGAGUACGAUGACAAACUCCAGAUCAGCUUUAAAUUUAAGCCCAAGCCAGGUCUUAGAAUGGAACCCUACACUCUUGUAAGCAACUGUGAAGGCGAAAAUGAGCCAUCCUUUGGGAUUGUUCUAAACAGCUUUGAUGAUGUUGCAACUUUUUUCAUAAAGACAGAUGAAGCAGAAAACCAAGGAUUUUUUACAAUUGAAAUUGAUCCAAACACAUGGAAUGACGUGUAUUUCAGAUACAAGAAUGGACAAAUGAUAGGAAAAAUUAACGAUAAAAUAGCAGUAAAACCACUAACGGGGAGAAUUCAGAAACGGCCUGAUACAAUGGUGUUUGGUAGUUGCAAUAGAUAUGGUAAUUUUACAGGACAACUCAGAGAUAUUACUACAUACACAAAAUGUCUACCUCCGUUAGACAGACAAGUGGAAAGAAAACUUGGGUGAAAGUUUUAAGAAAGACUACUAGUUGACUCUAAUAUGUUCUGUGUUCAGUAACAAAGUGAAAAUAAGCUGCUUGCGUUAGAGAUGGAAGUAAACAACAUCAGAUUAUGAAAAAGAAAAACAACAACCACACUGGCAAACGUCAAAACAUUUCUCGAAUUAAAAGAAAAAUUAAUGGUAAUGUUAAGAUCUAGACGAGAAGGUAUUACCUGUCUAUUACGUAUGGACUUUUAGCAGGGUUCACUAAUUAAACUGGACCAUUAACCUUUCGGCGCCAUUCACGCACGCGUAAUAUGCUAAUGUAAUUAUGUUAAUAUUCUCUGUCACUGACUUAAUAUUUGUAUCCCGUGUUUAUAUCUUAUUCUAUAAUGUAAACCCUGAAUUGCCUCACAAUCACUUCAUUCUGUUCUGUACAUUAUAUUGUGACAAUGAUUUAUCAUCAUUUUUUUAGUUUCAUUUCAUUUUUUUUUCAUAUUUAUGUAUAUGAUACGAGUUUGUCUUCAGAAUCAGAAGUUCGUGAACUGUAUAAUGCGGUAUUUAUAUUUUCUUAAAGAAAGGCGUGGAAAGUUAAUUUUAAUCACGUUUUCGUGUGUUGUUUGUUGAUAUAUUUAUAAAUUAAACAAUAAAUUCUGUAUCAGAUUAAUUAAUUAUGAAACGAACAGGAUGAGCAGUGAGAAACGUAUAUGGCUUGUCAUGCAUUUUAAGAGGAAUGUAUCAUUUCCUUCUCUUUUUUGAAAAACCAAAAUUCGAAAAGAUUUGUUGUAUAAUAAUAAGUAUUUAUUAUUUGAAAGAUUUUUUUCUUUAUGCUCUUCUUAUAAAUUUGAAACGUCGUGUUUGGAUAAUGUUAUAUACUGCUAUACUAUAUAUGGCAUAUUUGGCAUUGUUUGAUUCCUUGGAAAAAAUUGAUGCAAUUUGUACAUUGUAUUCAAUAAAAAUAGUUUAUUCCUA